CUCGCCCCCCUGCUCCAGGGGCCGGUGUGAUUGGAGGGAAACCCCGUGGAUUUGACCGAAACGGACUGAGGGAGAUAGUCAGCUGUGUAGCCUGAACAACUACAUCAAUAGCGCAUACACGCAGUACUGAGCAGCCAUGGACAAGAGUGAGCUGGUGCAGAAGGCCAAACUGGCAGAGCAGGCCGAGCGUUAUGACGACAUGGCAACCGCCAUGAAGGCGGUGACAGAGCAGGGGGGCGAGCUGUCCAAUGAAGAGCGUAACCUGCUGUCGGUGGCCUACAAAAACGUGGUGGGGGCCCGUCGCUCCUCCUGGAGGGUUGUCUCCAGCAUCGAGCAGAAGACCGAGGGCAGUGAGAAGAAGCAGCAGAUGGCCAAGGAGUACCGGGAAAAAAUCGAGAAGGAGCUCAAAGAGAUUUGCAACGAUGUUUUGGGUCUUCUAGACAACUUCCUCAUCCCCAAAGCUUCUCCAGCUGAAAGCAAGGUCUUCUACUUGAAGAUGAAGGGAGAUUAUUACCGCUACUUGGCUGAGGUGGCUGUUGGAGAAGAAAAGACCUCCAUCAUCACCAACUCGCAGGAGGCUUACCAGGCAGCGUUUGACAUCAGCAAGAACGAGAUGCAGCCCACACACCCCAUCCGUCUGGGUCUGGCCCUCAACUUCUCCGUCUUCUUCUAUGAGAUUCUCAACUCGCCGGACCAGGCCUGCAAGCUGGCCAAAGCGGCCUUUGACGAGGCUAUUGCAGAACUCGAUACACUGAACGAAGACUCGUACAAAGACAGUACGUUGAUCAUGCAGCUACUGAGAGACAACUUGACACUGUGGACUUCAGACAAUCAGGGUGAUACUGAUGAACCCGAAGAGGGCAGAGAAAACAACUGAGGCUACUCUGGCCAUUGCCAACACUGAGACCACCUCAUCACCCUGCUCUCUCUACUUCAUUCACCAGUGUCAUUUCUGUCCAAUUUCAGUUAUUUUAUUUUUGUUUUGUGGGUGUGGUCAGGGUGUUUGUGUGGGGGGGGAGGGGUUAGGGCGUGUCCAUUUCCUUUUUUUAUUUGGGGGCUCGCAGGGAAAAAAUGGGGGAGGGGGGGUUAGACAGUGGGGUUAGGGAAAACACAUGCAAUGUGGCAAGUUAAGUUUAAGGUCAAUAAUAUACUCUAUGUAUAUUCAAAAUGUGUUAUAACUUGUUAGGUGUUGUCUUUUGAAACGACAGUUUCUCUGCCAGACUUACAGAUGCCUCCCACAUCCCAAGGACAACACGUUCAAUCCAGCUAAUACAUCAAACGUCUGGUUGAAACAAAAUCUGCUGUUUGUCCAGCCCAUGAUGGGAAAUGCAUUCCAAUUACUGUCACUUAUUCUAUUCCGGUUUUACUUCUCUUAAGUGACCAACAGAAGCCAUUUUUAUCAUUGUAACGUGACUAUGAGGGAUAGAAAACGUGAGAACAAGACAAGCACUUAAAAGGCUUGAUGUUUGUAAUGACAUCCUGUAUUGAGCAGAUCAGUAAGAAUUCUCCUUUUGCUAACGUAGUGUUUUUUCUUUUACUCCUUCCCAACAUAGUUUCUUACCCCCUUUGGUUAGUUUGUUUCCAAUUUUGAUACUUGCCUAAAUUGCAUGUGACUAACUAGUAGUCAUUGGGGAGGGAGAGACGGCGACGGGGCUGGCUAGCUGUUUCAUGUUUAUGGAGUUUUCAUACAAAUCACUCAAGCAUAACUGUUAUUUGGAGCGAAAUAUAACAACAUGUAUGUGGAAAUAAAAAAGCUAAUUUAAAAUGUU